AUGGCAUCAACCUUAAAAGGUUUUGCCAUCCAUGAUAUGUCAGUGAUGUCAGAGAAUUCUGUGCAGGGGAUACUUGCAGACUCAGACAAAUCCACAACAAAACUCAAGAAAAAAGUCCUGAUAAGCAAGGAAAAAUCAAAAACAUGUUCACCUUGGACUUCCCGGAAUAGGCCUUUGAUAACUACUCCCAUAUAUUCAGAGUUGUCUGCAAAAUAUGCAAAAUUGGCAGAUUUAAAAAAAGAAAUAGCAACCUGCGAGUUAGAGCAAAAGAAAAAUCAAAAAGUAGAAUUUGAACUUCGGAGAAAAUCAUUAGAAUUAGAUCUAAAAAUUAAAGAGGUUCAUUUAAAGAAAAUGUUGUCUUCCUCAAAUCUGCCAAAUUAUUGA